AUGUGGGUCCAUCCUAAGUCAGUGUCUCUGGACAAAGGACUGUGGGUUGUAGAUCGUGCAAACAUGUGUUUCAUGGUACAGACCAGACGAAGUGCUGCUAAGAGAGGCCUCUCAUCAUUUCUAGCCGGUACCUUGGAUAUCAUGUUUGAUUCCCGCACUCCUCCAUAUCGUCUGCUUCAUUAUACCAAUCCCAAUGGCAUUUACCUCCUGGCUUCGGGUGUUUCAAUGGAUGAAAUUGAAGAACACUGGGCAUGGUUAGAGCAGAAUGUAAUGCCUGAAUUGGAAGGCCUGGAACAACCAGAGAUAGUUACUCAAUUCAUCAUAUCCAAAGUGAAGUCUCUCUUGGGUGAAGCAAAUCAUAAUCAGAUGAGUCCCUCUGAGCCUGAUGAAGGAGAGCCAGAAGACAUCCGUUCUGCUCAGGCAAAGCUCAAGGCCAUCUUUUUGACACAAAAGACAGAGAAGUUGGUGAACUACUUUUCUUGCAGUUACUGGAAAGGAUGGUUGCCUCGCCAAGGUUGGAUUUACCUUACACUGGACCACUUGUUCUUCCACUCAAAUGUCAUGGGAAAUGAGAUCAAGCUGAACAUUAAAUGGACUGAAGUUAUUUGUUUGGAAAAGAAGAAGCCAUCUGGGGUAUUUUCAACAAACCGCAUCAUUGUCACAACCAGACAUGCCCAGCACUGUUUUUCAAUGUUCCUUAACCAUUCCGAGGCGUUUGAGCUUGUCCAACAUUUGGCCAAUUUGACUAUGCGCAAGAUCAUGAAUGAGGAAGGGCCUUUUAAACUGGACCAGAAACUCCAUAGAAAAGAGAAGCCCAGGGACAUGAGGCGAAUAUCCCUGACUCACAGAGAACUGAAGGCAAGGUUGAAGUCAGAAUUUUAUCAAGAGGAAUUUCGUUUGCCCCUGAGUGAAGGCUUGGAUGGGACCAUUUCCUGUCAGCUUUAUUGUCCAUAUGACCAGAGAUCUCGACCUGGGACCCUCUUUGUGUCUCCCAACUAUAUCUGCUUCUCCUCUUCCUCUGAUAUUCCUCUAGGAUUUGUGAAAGCAGUGAUGGCCCUGCGCAAUGUGAAAGAAGUCAGCAAGGUCCGCUUGAAAAAGGUUGUACCCCCAGGGAAGGAAGGGUUGCAGGUGUCCUUCACAGAUGGGAAGAAAGUUAUCCUUCAUAGCAUGCCUGAUAUUGAUUUCCUCAUUGGAAAACUCACUGAUUUCAAGGGAGAUGCACUUCCAGAAAAAACGGUAUUGACAUUGAAGACUGGCAUUCUAUCCAGUGAGGAACAAAUAGCAAAGAAAGCUCAUAUCUUCUCUGGUCACCUGGCUCAAUUAUCCAAAGUGGCAGGUGAAUCAAGUGGAGAGAAGAAGAGGCAUCGUCUUCUGAGUGACCCAGGGGAGCAGAAGGGGUCACAGGCUCAAAAAGUUUCAACUUCAAGAAGAGCUUCCUUUGAUGGUUAUAGCAGCCCAAAAAGAGGACAAAGAAUGUCAGGAGAAAAUGUGGAAAAAGAUGUCAAGGACUUCCCCAAGUGUCUUGUCAAACGAUUCACUUCCCUCGAACAUAAGUAUGAUCCUCCACUUUCUGAAGAAAUCCAGGACCUGUUUCAGCCUCCUCUCAUCACACGGGGCAUCACAUUUGAGAUUCCAUCUUCAACCUUGAUCAAGGAAGUAGCUCAGGAGAGGAAAUGGCUGGAAUACUUUUCUCGGUAUGGUCGAGGGGUCUCAAUGUAUCAGACUCCUGAACUUAGUGAGCUUGUCAUGAAUGGGAUCCCUGACUUCUUCAAAGGAGAAAUGUGGCUCAUCUUCUCUGGUGCCAUUCAUGACUGGGUGACCCAGCCAAAUGAAUACAUAAAGUUGGCAUGCAAGGAUCAAAAGUUGAGGCAUCUAGUCCAGGAUGAAAUUGAAAGGGAUUUGCAUAGGUCAUUGCCAGAGCACCCAGCUUUCCAGAAGGAGGAAGGGAUCAAUGCCUUGCGUCGUAUUCUCACAGCAUAUGCUCAUCGCAAUCCAAGCAUCGGUUACUGUCAAGCCAUGAAUAUUGUGUCUGCAGUCCUACUCCUCUAUUGUUCAGAGGAAGCCUCUUUUUGGCUAUUGGUUGCCAUUUGUGAGCGCAUUCUACCCGACUAUUACAAUACGAAGGUUGUUGGGGCCCUCAUUGAUCAGGCAGUGCUGGAGGAGCUGAUGAAGAAACACCUUCCUGAGCUCCAUGAUUCCCUUCACCACUUUGGCAUGAUUAAAAUGAUCUCUCUAUCAUGGUUCCUUACCAUUUUCCUCAGUGUGAUGCCCUUUGGGAGUGCAAUCCAAGUGCUAGACUGCUUUUUCCAUGAGGGAGUGAAAGUGAUCUUUCAGUUGGCACUCUGCAUCUUGAAAGAGAACCAGGAAAAGCUGCUCCGGUGCCGAGAUGAAGGUGAUGCCAUGGCCCUCCUCACUGAGUACCUAGAAAGCGUUCACAAUUCUGAGUGCACACUUCCAUACCUUCCCAUCAGUGGCAUUUCACAUCCUCCAAAGAAACAGGGUUCUGUGAAGAUCCAGGAUCUGUUGAAGAAGGCAUGUCAAAACUACAAAUGGCUCAAGAACACAGAGAUUGAGAAGAUGCGACUGGUUCAUCGUAUGCAUGUUGUUCAGAGCCUUGAGGAUGCUCAGAUGAAAAGCCUUCUUAGAUCUGUUGAUGGUGUUACUCGUCUGCAGGAAGAUGAACUCAAGGGCAUCUUCCAGUUGGUCCGUGAGAAACUCACCCCUCGAAUGACACAGAUGAUGGAAACUGAGCUGGCUGAUCAGCAAGGGGCUGGGGGACUAUGUCCUGUUUAUGAAAACUUCACCAUGGAUCUCCAGAUGUUUACGGUGGUAUUCCAGAACUUGACUCCUUGGGGACAUCUCCCACUUACUCCUGUUCUUGCCAAGCGAGCCUUUCGACUAAUGGAUUUCAAUGAUGAUGACAUGAUCAAUUUUCUGGAAGUGAUUCGAUUUCUUGACAUCACAUGCUAUGGAGAUGCAGUACAGAAACUGAGACUCUUCUAUUGUCUCCAUGUGCCUUCCCUAAGAGGCUCAGAAACACGAUAUGAUUAUUUUGAAGUUGGGAUGGAGGCAGAAGAAUACUUUCAAAAGGGGAGUCCAGUAGAAGUGAAGACCAAGACCCUGCACACGUCUACAUCAUCCUCUGGCACAUCCUUCAUCACCAUCUCCACCAUUUCAGAGAGUAGUGUGCAGGCCACAGGUUCCUCAUCCAAGGGUGUUUCCACUACACAGAGCAAAUCUUCCUCACCUUCCAAGGCUGAUUGCUCAGAGUUGGACAUACUGCAAAAUCUGCCUGCUUCCAAACUACAACAGGAGCUGCUGAAGAUGGAAUUCUAUUCUGUGAACACAGUACGACGUGAGUUGUUCAAGAAUCAAGCACAGGGAAGUCUAAUCUCAGCUCCUGGGAUCCCCUUCAUGCUUCAUGAUCAAUUCAUGGACACCUUCAGGUGUCUCUUCAGUCUAGUUGAGGACAAUUCCAAGCAUCACAGCCUCACUGAAGCCUUGCGAGAAGUUGGCCAGCAGUUGCUGUCUUUUGGUGAGACUGGGAAGAAGAGUCGUGCAAUCCUCAUCCAGCAACUGAUGGAUGAGAAGAUGAAGGCAAGUUCAUCUUCAGAUUCCUUACAUCUCAACACCCCAUUGAUGUCUCCCCAUCCAUUGUUGGAGAAAUCUCGCAGCAAGUCAGCCAGUGACAUCCCUCAUGGCAUGACUUCAUCAUCAUCAGUGUCAUUCUUGUCCUCGGCUGAGCUUUCAGCACUGAUGGAUGAGCGGUUGGACUUUGCACGAGGUCUACUUCAUCUUGCAGGGCAGAUUGACAGCACCAUCAAUGACAGCAUGUCAAGAUCAGCCUCAGAAGAAGUGGGCAGGUGA